GCAGAAACGGAGUACCGGGGUUCGGACAAGAGCCCAGUAGGCGAGAGUGCAAGUGAUGACUCAUAAGGAAGCUGCGGCCACCGACGUAAUCACGAGUACCUUGCCUGUUAACUCUGAUUAUGCGCAUGUUUUAUUUGAUUCGGGUGCGUCGCACUCUUUUAUUGCUCGAUCUUAUGUUUUGAAACGAGCUUUGCCUGUUGAUACCUCUGAUUGUGAACUGCAUGUGGACACCCCUUUAGGAGGGGUGAUGACUACUAGGGAGGUGUGUAGAACUGUGGAUAUUUAUGUUGAUGGUAGACAGUUGAGUGCUAGUUUAUUUGUUUUAGAUAUCUCCGACUUUGAUAUCAUUUUGGGGAUGGAUUGGUUGUCAAAACAUUUUGCCUCUAUAGACUGUUAUCGGAAAUGGAUAAUUUUUAAUAUUCCUGGUUUCCUAGUCUCUGUUAUUGAUGCUAGUAGUGUGAAAUCGAGACUAGAAGACAUACCAGUGGUGCAUGAGUUUCCGAAUGUAUUUCCGGAGGAUCUCCCAGGUUUACCUCUGGAUAGAGAGGUUGAAUUUGCUAUUGACCUUGUUCCUGGCAUUGGACCCGUUUCCAAAGCACCAUACCGUAUGGCUCCUGUAGAAUUGAAGGAGUUAAAGGUCCAGCUGGAGGAACUCCUUGAGAAAGGGUUUAUACGCCCUAGUGUAUCACCUUGGGGAGCUCCAGUGUUGUCUGUCAAGAAGAAGGAUGGGAGCAUGAGGCUAUGCAUUGAUUACCGGGAAUUGAAUAAGGUGACUGUGAAGAACCGGUAUCCCCUUCCUAGAAUUGAUGACUUGUUUGACCAGCUCAAGGGUGCUCAGGUAUUUUCUAAGAUUGAUCUUCAAUCUGGCUACCACCAGGUGAAGAUUAAACCAGAUGAUGUGCCAAAGAUUGCCUUUCGCACCCGUUGUGGUCAUUAUGAGUUCAUAGUCAUGCCAUUUGACUUGACAAAUGCCCCUGCCAGAUUUACGGAUUUGAUGAAUCGAGUGUUUAGCAAGUACUUAGACCAGUUUGUGGUUGUCUUUAUUGACGACAUUUUGGUCUACUCUUCUAGCCAUGCUCUUCAUGAGAAGCACUUGAAGACAGUCCUCAAGACGUUGAGAAGGGAGAGGCUGUUUGCUAAAUUCAAGGAGUGUGAAUUUUGGCUAGAUAAUGUUGCAUUCCUAGGUCACGUUGUGACUAAGGAUGGAAUUUCUGUUGACCCCCAGAAGAUUGAGGCCGUGAUACUUGAGGACAUGUUGAGGGCUUGUGUUCUAGAUUGGAAGGGUUCGUGGGAUCAACACUUAUCCAUGGCUGAAUUUGCAUACAAUAAUAGUUAUCAGUCCAGCAUCCACAUGGCAUCGUUUGAGGCUUUGUAUGGUCGAAGGUGUAGAUCACCUGUUCGUUGGACGGAAGUGGGCGAAAGGAGCAUUUUAGGCCCAGAAUUGGUGCAUCAAUCUUCUGAGAUUGUGCAAUUGAUCAAGGAACGCCUUUGUGCUGCACAAAGCAGGCAGAAAAGCUAUGCGGAUAGAAGGAGACGAGACCUCGAGUUUGAAGUUGGUGACCAUGUAUUUUUGAAGGUGUCACCCACUCGAGGUGUUCUUAGGUUUGGCAUCCGGGGAAAAUUGAGUCCGAGGUAUAUUGGACCAUAUCCCAUCCUAGAAAGGAUUGGCGAGGUAGCUUAUAAAUUGGAGUUGCCUGGAAAUCUAGCGGGUGUUCAUGAUGUGUUUCAUGUGUCUUUACUUCGGAAGUAUGUUCCCGACCCGAAUCACAUCAUUAAUCCCGAACCAAUUCAACUCCGAGAGGAUCUCACUUAUGACGAGCACCCGAUCCGCAUUUUAGAUUUCAAGGAGAGAAUAAUGCGGAGAAAGACCAUUCGUUUUGUUAAGGUCCUCUGGGACAACCAUUCGGUUGAAGAAGCUACUUGGGAGUUGGAAUCCAAGAUGAGAAAAGCCGUUGGAUCUGCUCUGCUUCUCCCUUCCCUGCUGCCCGCUGUUGCUGGGUACAAGCUCCAGUUUUUCCUGUGGUUCCCGAAUUUCUCCCCAAUUUUCCCGCCGGCUCUUCCCCUCAAUCUACAGCUCCAGCUUGCUAAUGAAGCCAUUAGUUCGGUUCUAGUAAGAGAAGAAACCAAGCAGCAGAAACCAAUCUAUUAUAUCAGCAGUGUACUGCACGGGGCAGAGCUGAGGUAUCCUAUAGCUGAGAAAGUAGCAUUAACAGUUGUCACUUCGGCUAGGAAGUUGAGGCCAUAUUUCCAAUCACACCCAAUUAUCGUUCUCACAGAUCAACCUCUCCACAAAGGUUUAAGAGUGGGCGCUCUCUUGAUUGGUCUAGAGGGUUAUCGAAGCGAACAUGCUUUGAAAUUCAACUUUGAUGCAACAAAUAACAUGGCUGAAUAUGAAGCUCUGCUACUUGGCCUACAGCUAGCAUUGGAGUUAAAAGUUAGUGCAAUUCAAGUAUAUAGUGACUCCCAAUUGGUAGUAAACCAAAUCAACUCAAUCUACGAAGUCGUUGAUCCUGUGAUGGUAAAAUAUACAACCUUGGUGGCCGAGCUGAAAUGCAAAUUCCAGAAAUUCUGUCUGAGCAAAAUCCCCCGAGCUGAGAAUGAACAGGCAGAUUCACUCUCCAAGUUUGCCUCUGAUAGCUCUUUAAGUUCCAGAUCCGUUUUUGUAAAGGUCUUAGAUGAACCAAGCUUCAUGAAGCCUCGGGUGAUGGAGAUUAGCACAAACCCUGACACGCCGAGCUGGACUGAUUCAAUCAUCUCCUUUUUGCGAGAUGGGAUAGUACCUGAGGACAGGCAGGAGGCAAUGAAGUUGAGGAAGAAAGCAUCUUGGUAUACACUCGUUGACGGGGUCUUAUAUAAGAGAUCUUUCUCACUUCCUCUUCUACGGUGUUUAAACCCCUAUGAAGCUGAAUAUGCACUUCGAGAGGUGCAUGAAGGUGUCUGUGGGAGCCAUGUUGGUGCUAGGACUAUAGCUCACAAAGUCUUAAGGCAAGGAUAUUACUGGCCAAACAUGCAUAAAGAUGCCACUUACUUUGUUCAGAAAUGCCCGAAAUGCCCAUUCGUGAAAGGGGUUGGUGGUGUAACCCAUCUGGUUGUUGGUGUGGAUUAUUUCACAAAGUGGGUUAAAGCUCGGCCAUUAUCUAGUCUUACCUCCAAGAAGGUCGAAGACUUUGUUUUUAGCUCGAUCAUCUGCAGAUAUGGGAUCCCGAAUCAAAUUGUGGCUGAUAAUGGAACUCAAUUCAAUUGCUCCUCAUUCCGAGAUUUCUGUUCCAGUUAUGGGAUCAAGUUACAGUUCACCUCCGUUUACCAUCCAAAGUCCAAUGGCAUGGUUGAAUCUGUUAACAAAUGCAUUUUAGAAGGUAUAAAGCCGAGAUUGGAACAGCAUAAAACCAAAUGGGCAGAUGAGCUCAACAACGUCCUUUGGGCAUAUAGAACCACGAGCCGAACUGCCACAGGUGAAACACCCUAUCAUCUCGCCUUCGGUACCGAAGCAGUCAUUCCUAUUGAAAUAGGAGUCCUAAACUUCUGGGUCACCCAUUUCGAUGAAGGAAGAAAUGGACAACUGCUUCGGGAAAACCUUGAUCUGCUUGCUGAAGUCAGAGAAGAAGCUCGGCUUCGAACUCUUGGUUUGAAACUCGUUUUGGCAAACUCGCCUCGAAUUGGGAAGGCCCUUAUACCGUGGCCAAGGUGCCACAUCCUGGUGCCUAUGUCCUCCAAGACGCUAAAAAAGAGUUCCUAGAGUCUGGAAUGUCAAUAACUUGAAGAAAUUUUACCCCUAAUGAAAUUCUUUCAAGUGAUCUAUGUCUUACUGUUCUUUAUGCUUCUCACUUCGUGUUUGUUGAGAUUGAUUUUACCUCUUAUUCUAUGAAUCCGAGGUCAAUCAGUUCAUUCAUUCCUUGAACCUCACUUCUGAUUAAUAAAUGUCACUUCACAUA